AUCUAUGAGGCUGAAAUACAAAACAAUAUUAACCGAUAAAAGAAACUCGUCUAUUUAAUUCAGUUUAGCCCUGGGCUUUCUCAACUUCAGUUAACCCCAUCCUUAUAAAGUGUGUGACUAUUUUGUUCAAUGGUCCGGCACAGAAUCGAGUGGUUGAAUUAUUUUUGUAUAUAAAUACGCAAGGUAACCGGAUUUUUCCUUAAAGUUAUAUUGUCUGCGAGUAUGACAGGGACAAUGGAAAGCUACCGUUUGACAUAUUUCAACAAAAGAGGGGGUGGUGAAAUUAUACGUCUCGUGUUUGUUGUGACGUCACAGACGUUUGAGGAUGAAAGAUUGACGUCAGAAGAGUGGCUAAAGAGAAAAGAAGAAAUGCCAAUGAAAAGUUUGCCCGUACUGCACGUUAAGCGAGAGGACAAAGAAACAACGUUUUGUCAGUCGGGAGCCAUCGCCAAAUACCUCGCAAAGAAGUUUGGAAUUCAUGGUGAAAAUGAAGACGAGGGCUUAUUGGUAGACGAAGUGUACGACUGUGUUGGAGAUGUUCGAAAAUCCCUGGUACAAAUCCACUUUUGUAAAGACGAAACUACAAAGGCCGACUUACAGAAGAAGCUUAUUAGUGAGGUCUUGCCUAACUUCUGUCAGUACUUUCAAAGACGAAAGGCGAGUUUUGGUGAAGGUGGUUACAUAGUUGGCGGAAAGAUCUCUCUGGCUGAUUUAGCUGUUUUCAACAUGGUCGACAGCUGCUUGGAAAUGGGACUCAAGUCGCUAUGGCAACCAUACCCAGAAUUAUUGAAACACAGAGAACUGAUCAUGGAAAACGAAAAACUUUCAGACUGGCUUAAAAUUCGACCUGUCACCGAGGUCUAGAUUUUUAUGAACUAUUUUUGGUGUCUUACCUCCUUAACUUGUAUAUUAGUUAACCGUUGUCCCAUCCAAAAGUAUUAAUAUGUGUGCUAGUAUAUGUUGCUUUGUGCAAUAAAGAUGUAUGUUAGUUCACUGUUGUCUCAUUCAAAAGUAUUAAUGUUUGCGAGUAUGUUGCUUCGUGCAAUAAAGAUGUAUCAUGUUA